AUGAAUAGAAUUAUUAAGUAUACAUAUUUGAAAUUUUUUGCACGUUUAUUUAAUUUUAAUUGUUAUACUCUUUCAAAAAUUUAUAUUCUCAGAAGUGAAGAAGCAGUUAUAAAUUAUAAGAAAGAAAAUGAGGCAAAAUGUGUUAAUGGAAGAUUAGUCAAAAUUUAUCCACAUGAAAAAUUAAAAAGAAUGAGAAAUAAAUUACUUGCUAAUAAUGUUAAAAAAGAUGCUGAAUAUUACAAUGUAAAAUUGUCACGUUUGUAA